GAAAUAAUGACCAACCAUAUAUAGUAACGCGCCUAACGCGUUCCACAAAAAAAACAUAAAUGGCUUAAGUUUGAGGGGUCCUUAUAGUCAGUCGCAUAUUCUUUGGUCGCAUAGGUACAACAAAAGGUCACGACGAUAGACUCUCCACCGAUCACUUACUUGCCGAUUCACAUUCUCCCAUCUUCUGCGCAUCCCUUGUCGCUACUACUUUCGAACCUUCUCGAUUCCAAUUUCUUAUCCGAAACCCUACGGAAGACAGACCUAAGUUUCUCAGCUACCGACCUACCGUGAACACUGACUAAUACAUUCGCUAUUCCUCUGUUUCUCUGUAUUCUGUCUGCUGUUGUAACGGCGAAGAUAUGCGUCAAUUAGGUUCACCUGCGUGGAGUUUCCGGUGAAUUCGAUUGAUGAUAAAUGAUUCUACAGUCUUCUUCUUCUUGUUCUAGUUUCGAUUUCCCUUCUUUUGUGUCACGUCGUCUGCUCUGUCCUUGCUCCAAUGAGCACGGUCUGAUUGUGUUCUCCGAUGGAUUCACAAAGAGGCGGAGAAUUCUCCGUCGAGUUCAUGCGGCGAAUUCGAAUUCUAGGUUUGUUUCCAGCGGAAUUCGUACGGAUUCCAAGAACAUUGGAUUAGCGGAUUCGGCGAGAAGAGCUGCCAGAAGUCUUGUGGUUACUCGGUUUUCGAAUGAAUUUGAGGAUGAAGAAGCAUCUUCAUCUUCACAGGAGUCUGCAAUUCAAGGUGAUAGAAACAAUUUCACUAACUUUAGAGAAGAUCCUAUAGUGGAUAAGCUCAGGACUCAGCUAGGUGUAAUCCACCCAAUCCCGUCUCCACCGAUUAGUCGUAAUGCAAUUGGUCUAUUCGCAUUCUUCUUCUUUGUUGGUGUUAUUUGUGAUAAGCUAUGGACUUGGAGAAAGAGGCGGAGACAAAUGGCUGGUGAUGGAGGCCAAAGAGGAGCCGGGCCAUGGGCACAGGUUCCCACCAGUUUCUCGCUGUCCCUUGAGAAGGAUUUGCAAAGGAAAGAGUCGGUGGAGUGGGUGAACAUGGUGUUGGUUAAGCUCUGGAAAGUUUAUAGAGGUGGGAUUGAGAAUUGGCUUGUUGGAUUGUUGCAGCCUGUGAUUGAUGAUUUGAAGAAGCCUGAUUAUGUGCAGAGAGUUGAAAUUAAGCAAUUCUCUCUUGGGGAUGAGCCUUUGUCUGUUAGAAAUGUUGAGAGGAGGACAUCUCGCCGUGUUAAUGACUUGCAGUACCAGAUUGGUCUUCGGUAUACUGGUGGUGCUCGGAUGUUGUUAAUGCUCUCUUUAAAAUUUGGUAUCAUCCCAGUAGUUGUGCCAGUUGGUAUUCGGGAUUUUGACAUUGACGGUGAACUAUGGGUUAAAUUAAGAUUGAUUCCGUCAGCGCCUUGGGUUGGAGCAGCAUCAUGGGCGUUUGUUUCACUUCCAAAGAUCAAAUUUGAGCUUGCACCAUUCCGAUUGUUUAAUCUAAUGGGAAUUCCUGUUUUAUCAAUGUUCUUGACCAAACUACUGACAGAAGAUUUGCCUCGAUUAUUUGUACGCCCAAAGAAAAUUGUCUUGGAUUUCCAGAAGGGAAAAGCUGUUGGGCCUGUUUCAGAAGACUUAAAAUCUGGAGAAAUGCAGGAAGGGAACAAGGAUUUUGUAGGGGAACUGUCUGUUACUCUUGUAAAUGCCCAGAAACUUCCAUACAUGUUCUCUGGUAGAACGGAUCCAUAUGUUAUUUUACGAAUAGGUGAUCAAGUUAUCCGCAGUAAGAAGAACAGUCAAACUACUGUGAUUGGGGCUCCUGGUCAGCCAAUCUGGAACCAGGACUUCCAAUUCCUUGUGUCAAAUCCUAGAGAGCAAGUAUUACAAAUUGAAGUCAACGACUGUCUUGGAUUUGCCGAUAUGGCUAUUGGUAUCGGAGAGGUUGACCUUGAAUCACUGCCAGAUACGGUUCCUACAGACAGAUUUGUUAGUUUACGAGGCGGUUGGAGUUUGUUCGGAAAGGGAUCUACUGGAGAAAUACUACUCCGGCUUACAUACAAAGCAUACGUGGAGGAUGAAGAAGAUGAUAAACGCAACGCAAAAGCCAUAUAUGCAGAUGCUUCCGAUGAUGAAAUGUCUGAUUCGGAAGAACCUAGCUCAUUUGUGCAGAAUGACAAGAUUCCUUCAGAUGAUAUUGGUCAAGAGUCAUUUAUGAACGUGUUGUCUGCAUUGAUUUUGAGCGAGGAAUUUCAAGGCAUAGUUUCAUCAGAAACUGGGAACAAUAAAGUUGAUGAUGGUGAAUCAAGCGUGUCACCUGUUCCUUCAAUGUCUGGGGCGGACUCAGAAUCUCGACCAAAAGAUGCUGGCAAUGGGGACGUAUCAGAUUUGGAAGUGAAAAAUGCGAAAUCUGAUAGAGGUUCUAUUAAUAAUGGAGGAUUAGCAUUAUUGUGGUUCGGUGUAAUCACUUCUGUACUGGUGCUCGUUGCUAUCAACAUGGGCGGCUCAAGUUUCUUCAACCCGUGACAUGGUGUUGUAUGGAUAAUUACGAUUUCUUUUGCCAAAGUUGGUUAAUUUUCUCUUCUCGGCCUCAGAGAUGGCGUAUAACGAGGUCUCAGUUUUGUGUUUACAUUCUAGUGCUGUUGUAUGCAUUUAGAAGAGGGGCGCUUAUUGGCGGCAGAAAGUUUUAGGGUCCAUUUCACCCAAUCUCUUACAACUGUGAUCAACGUGUAUACCAAUGGUUUGUUAUAGUACACGAAUAUUUUAUUCAAAUAAAGAUUUUUUUUCUUUUUCUGAAGGGAUUCCAUAACACAUUGCACGAAGACACCUGAUAUUAGCAGUCACUAACUUUAGGAUUGAGAAAAGUGUUCUCCAAGAAUUCUAGGUGGAAGUAGUAAUGAGUUUUUCACUUGGCCUUUUUUAUUCCUUGGUUUUAGUUUUUUCCAUAUUGUUAGCUACAACAACUUUAAUAUUCUGCCAUGGAUAUGCCUUUCUGGAGGAGGAACAAAAAGUUCAUGGAGAUAUCGAUGCGCAGAGCCUAAACAAGGUACAUUCAUCUUCUUUCUGUUUUUUGCAAUGUUUUGCUGGUUUCCUGGCUAUUAAACUUUGUCUUGCUAGAUCAUGUUAGGGAGAGGUUAAACUCUUCAUAACUCUCAAAUAUCUAAUAUCGUUUCUUCCCAAUCAACUCCUACUUAUUAGCCCAUCGCCUAUCUAACUCACAAUAUUUUGCUUGAAAAUUCAUUGCAAUAUUUGGUUAGAAAUAGUGUUUCACAACCUGUAACGAAGGCAAAGAACGCUGUUUAUAGGCUAUGAUUGCUUCUUUUUUGGUGUAUGCGUUUAGCAAUUUACAGUAUU